ACAGCACCAGUCGUCCACAAUGAUUUAUCCAUGAGAUCCAUUCUAUCCUGGAAGCGUUGUGCGCUCUUCAGUUUGACGUGUGUAACUGCACUUCCGGUGAUCUCAGCGCUAGAAUGGCUGCAAUGUUUACGUGUUGUUUGGGCUGCUGCGGGGAUGGCGGACCGGGUCAUGCUCCCCUCAAAGAAAUGCCCACCGUACAGCUAGACACGCAUCACAUGGGGACGGAUGUGGUCAUAGUGAAAAGUGGGAGGCGGAUCUGUGGAACUGGAGCCUGCCUUGCCAACGCCCCUCUACACCAGAACAAGAGCUAUUUUGAGUUUAAGAUCCAGUCCACCGGUGUUUGGGGGAUCGGUGUGGCCACUCAGAAGGUGAAUUUGAACCAGGUGCCACUGGGUCGAGACAGUCACAGUUUGGUGCUUAGACACGAUGGCUCCAUAUACCACAACAACGAGGAGAAGAACCGAUUACCUGCCAACAGCCUUCCUCAGGAGGGGGAUAUAGUGGGGGUGACCUAUGAUCAUGUGGAACUGAACCUGUACUUAAAUGGAAAGAACAUGCACUGUCCAGCCUCAGGUAUUCGAGGGACUGUGUUCCCCAUAGUUUAUGUGGAUGACAGUGCCAUCAUAGACUGCCAGUUCAGUGAUUUCUACCAUACUCCACCUGAAGGCUUCGAAAAGAUUCUGUUUGAACAGCAGAUCUUUUGAAUUGUCAGCUAUGUGUGCAGAUUCACACACAAUGUCGAGUUGAACUGUGUGUGUGUGGCAGCGCGUGGUUACGAUAUCUUUCAAUGUUGCUUCUGCCUUUGCUGUUACUACUGCUGCUCUUGUCCAUUUGGAAGACAAACCAGGCUUUAUUUCUGUCUGUGUGUGUGUGUGUGUGUGUGCUUGGAUAGGCACAAAUGAGAGAGAGUAUCUACAACCCAGAAAACACUUUACGUAAGCACUGAAGACACUUACUGAUAUCUAUUUUCUGUAGUGGGUGAAAUUGAUAAACUGAGCUUAUCUCUUUAUUUAAUGACGAUGUACAAUGAUCAGCUUUGUGUUUAUUUGAUUUAUGUAGGAAUUGAUAAUGUAUUGUUGACUUGAUAUAUCAGCUUUCUUGAAUGAACCAAUUGUAUUUGCACUAGUUACAUUGAUUGAGAAUCAAACCAAACCGUUUUUUUUUUCUGUUGAUUUUUGACAAGUCUGUUACUGUCAUUUGCCUUUUAAUCUGAACUAGGCAUAUUGAUAAAUUGCUAACAAUAGCAGUUUACAGUAUUUUCCACCGUGUAUUUUAAUAUUUUACCUCUGAUCGCUCUUGCACAUAAUCUUAGAUAAGUGACUUUGGCUGAAGUGUUAAAUAGCUACUAAAAUGUUUCAAACAUGCAUGCAUCUGUUUAACAUGCUCAGUUUGCAGCUUGCAUCUUCCCAAACACUUCAAAUGUUAAACUGAGGGUGGAAGUUCAUCAAAAAUUUCUUUUUGUUUUUGUUUCAGAUAAGAUAUGUUUUGCUCCAUUGAUAAUUAACAAGUGCAGUAACAUUACUUACAACUGUUAACCUUAUUUUACUGGUUGCUGCAGAAAUGCAGUAAUGUUAUGUACUCUAAAACCAUUCAUACAUUAAUUAUAUUUACACAGUUAAAUGCACAACCAAUUCUUAAGUCUUAUCAUGAACAGCAUGGUCAUGCAGCCACCCAAAGGCAAUGUGCAUUUCAGAAAAGGUGCUUUGAAGUAGUUGUGUUCUGUAAGAAAAUCUGUUUUUCAAUCCCCAAAAAGCUUGAAUUCUCUCUGUACACUGUGUCUUAUGGUACAUUCCACAAGUGCUGUAUUUAAUAAACCUAAGUAUUCUGUC